AAGAUGCUUCCUCUCUCUGGCUUCAGUUCAAACAGCYAGWGAAGUCAACACCACUGUCCUCUCAGACAACAUGCUCAGCCUUAUUAAACUGCCCAGAGUCUUCACCAUCAACCAAGUCCCAAAAGUGUUCCAUGAGGACAGCAUCAUCUCAGGCUACCGACACCCUCGCAGCUCAGCCACUGACUGCAUCCUCAGCCUCUUCCAGCUGACCAAUGAAACGCUCAAUAUCUGGACACACUUCCUGCCCACAUGGUACUUCUUGUGGAAGCUGCUGACGGUGGUCCUGAUGCGGGACGUGUGGCGCGACUCGUUCACAUGGCCCCUCCUGGUGUUCCUGAUGUCGUGCUGUGUGUACCCGCUGGCCUCUAGCUGUGCCCACACCUUUAGCACCAUGUCAACGCGAGCACGACACAUCUGCUUCUUCUUCGACUACGGAGCUCUGAGUCUCUACAGCCUGGGCUCUGCCAUAACAUAUUCUGCCUACGUGAUUCCUGAUAAGUGGGUGAACAGUUUGUUCCACCAGUACUAUAUCCCCAUCGCUGUGGUAAACACUGUCAUCUGUACCGCCUUAGCCUGCUACUCCAGGCUUGGUUUACCGUAUAUCCAAUAUAACCAUGACAUCAUAAAAAGAUUCUCAGAGUGUAAGAGCCCAAAGUUUGGCAAAUUUCUCCGCAUUCUAGCUUUCGCAUUACCCUACCUGUUCGACAACAUUCCUCUCUUCUACAGGUGAACUAAUACAUUCUACUGUGUUUUGACAGCUCUUCCUCUGUGUGGGUGAGGCUGCACUGACAACGAUACCAACGCUCUCCACCACACCCACAUCGCCCUGGCCUUCCUGACUGCAUUCCUCUUCGCCACACACCUACCAGAGCGCCUGGCCCCCGGCUUCGACUACAUAGGUCACAGCCACCAACUGUUCCACGUGUUCGGCAUAAUCGGCACUCAUUUCCAGAUGGAGGCCAUUGAGCAGGACAUGGUGACGCGACGUCCGUGGCUCCUCACGUACUCUCUGCCCAUCACCUUCACCAACACUGGGGCGGCACUGCUGAGUGUAACCCUCAGCUUUGGCAUCAUCUUCCUCUUUAGUCUGCCUCUGCUCUGGUCAGCCACCCGGGAGAGAACACACUGAGAAGACACAAUCACAUCCAAUAGCCAAGGGCUGCCAGUACACUAGCACUAGCCACAUGCUAAUGACAAUGUAUACGGGAUGUAGGAACUGGAUGGUUCAGUUGGUGGAGCAUGGUGCCUGUAAUGCCAGGACUUUGGAUUUGAUUCACAGGGCCACCCACACGUAAAAUAUAUACAAAUGGCAUAUAUUUGUAUUAUAUUACUAUUAAUAAACUGGACACUGGUGAGGGUGGGCUUGGGAGAAGAGUGAACAAGUGAAGUGAACCACUAUGACUUCUUGGUGGGGAUAGAGGUGAAGCAUGACAAGAUACAAUGCUGAAGGGGCAAUGAACUGUUCUUCAAUUAUGUCAGCAUGGAUGAAUAAACUGGUAGCUGAACAAGAGCUCCAGAUAUACUGCAAUGAGGGACAGACAGUGGUACCUCUGGUAGUAUUACAUUGACAAUAGGACUUGUACACAGUACUAAACACAUAGGCCUUGCUUUUGUUCGCUGAUUUACCAACGCUACUGAGGAGCAGGAAGAGACUGGAGCAGUGGGAAGUCACAAACUGUUUAUAACAAAUCAAUCCACGAGGAGCAGGAAGAGACCGGAGCAGUGGGAAGUCAAACUGUUUAUAACAAAUCAAUCCACUGAGGAGCAGGAAGAGACUGGAGCAGUGGGAAGUCAAACUGUAUAUGAAGAAUCACUCCACUGAGGAGCAGGAAGAGACUGGAGCAGUGGGAAGUCACAAACUGUUUAUAACAAAUCAAUCCACUGAGGAGCAGGAAGAGACUGGAGCAGUGGGAAGUCACAAACUGUUUAUAACAAAUCAAUCCACUGAGGAGCAGGAAGAGACUGGAGCAGUGGGAAGUCACAAACUGUAUAUGAAGAAUCAAUCCACUGAGGAGCAGGAAGAGACUGAGCAGUGGGAAGUCACAAACUGUUUAUAACAAAUCAAUCCACUGAGUAGCAGGAAGAGACUGGAGCAGUGGGAAGUCACAAACUGUUUA